AUGGAUGGCAGAGAUUUUGGACCCCCCCGAUCCGUCCACGGUCCGCCUCCGUUGUUGGCGGGUCUCUCCAUGGAGGCUCACCGUCUCGGAGCAGCAGCUGCAGCCGGGAGGAUCCCUCCCUCUCCCGGCCAUCCACCGCCUCUCCACUCGGGGAAAUUCAUGCCAUCGGCCAUUAACCUACAUCCACACCACAGCGAUGCCUACUCUGCAGGCUCCAGUCCCUUCCUGUCUGGUUACCACGGCCCCUCCCACCUGACCUCUGACCCCGGGUACAGACCGGCCAAUCCCAGCAGUCUGCAGAUGGCUCAGCUCUGGGCAUCACAAGCUCACGAAGGCUACCCUCCCAUACCCAGCAGUCUAUACUCCAGCCCUUACCACCUCUCCCUGGGACACCUGGACCCCUCCCCCCUCCCCCAGCACCAGCUCUACGACUCACACAAAGAAGGGUUUUACCUGCCAGCUUCGUUGAGCCAGUUGCCUCUCCACCCUCCGUCGGCUCCUCCCAUCGCCCCGCCCAGCUCCACCCCCCCACAGAGGACGUCCCGGGACGGGGGGAGGGACCGGCCUUACCGUGGGGAGAGGGACCGGGAGCGUGAACGGGAGCGUGAACGGGAGCGGGAACGGGAGCGGGAACGGGAACGGUCCAGAGAGGAUCAGAGGCCUCACAGUGUGGUGGACCUGACGCAGGACGGGAGGAGCGAGGAGCGGGAGAAAGAGAGGGAGAAAGAGAGGGAUACGGAGAGAGACUCGUGGCCCUUCCAUCAUCACCCUCACCCCCACCAGCAGAAAACUCACUCCACAGAGCCCCGAUCCAGACCCUCACCCCCUCUUCACACCUUCCCUCAAAGUGGGGUUCGGGAAGAAUCCAAUAACCCGGACCGACAAAGGAGAAACGACUACGGCCACCAUCACCCUCCUCCCCCCGCGUCUCACCCCUCUGCCCAGCCUCACCCCUCCACACACAGAGAGACUCAGCGGGUGAGUGCACCGACAUAUGUGCCUUCUGUGGAGGUUUACGACGAGCGGGUCGGCCCGAUCCAGAUCGCCUCUCAGGCCCGGGACAACAAACAGAGGGAGAGGGAGAGAGAAAGAGAGCGAGAGAGAGAAAGGGAGAGAGAGAGGGAGAGCUACAGGUUUCCAGAGAGGAGCCUGCCGGAUCACCCUCGACUCUCCCAAUCUGGCGAUUCAGGCAAUCAAAGAGAGGAAGGGUCGGUCAUUUGUUCCAAUGGAUCAAUUGGAAAACGAAGCCAGGAAGGGUCGUACCCUUCCGGCCAGUCACGGUUCAGCCCGGAUGUCUCCAAACAGCCAAUCAGAUUGGGCACAGAGCGGGCGGGGGCGGAGCCUAAAUGGAACACGAUUAGCCCGCUAACUAAUUAUGCUACGAGUCACAUGGCUGCGCUCGCAGCUCAACACGGACACACACUCCCCUCCCCCGCACACACACAGAUGUCAACGACCCACCGGGCAGGAAACACCCCGCACUCCCCCCAAACUCACCCCUCUCAAACUCACCCCUCCCAGCGGCCGGGGGAGGAGGGGGGUCAGAGACGCUACCUGGACCCCGCGACGCUCUACAGACCUGGGGUGUCGUUGGCGGGUGAGCGAGGCGGGGUGGCGGGGCCGGACCCCUCUGAGGUCUCAGCCAUGCAGAGUCUCAUUAAAUACAGCGGGAACUUUGCUGCUGAGGGGCCCGGGGCCUCCAGGCAGACAGGGGAGGGACGAGGGCCCUUUGGGGGUCUGGCUCACGUGGUCUCAGAGGGUGACAGAGAACGAGAGAGGGAGAAAGACAAAGACAGAGACAGAGAUAGAGAUAGAGAGAGGCUUUCUGUGGGAUCCAUGAGGGUGCCGCCCCCCCUGAAGAGGGAGCAGGAGAGGCCGGACAGCGCCCGCUCGUUUGGGCGGGAGGCGGAGGGGGAGGUACGCCACCCCCCUGUGGGCAUCGCGGUGGCCGUCGCCCGGCAGAGAGACAGCAGCAGCUCCAGCAAACAGAGCGGAGGAAACUCAGACUCCCAGAGAGCAAUGCUGCAAAACGCUAUCAAAGAUGAGGAGCGAGCCGAGGACCGCGGGCGUCACCAUGACGAUCGGAUGCUGGUCGGCCGACUGGAGCGCGAUCAGGACAAAGUGCUCAGAGAGUCCAAGGAGCUGGCAGAGUUCACUCAGAUGCAUCCCCCUCCUCUGUCAAGCGGCAUGACGCCCAGCAUGAUGGCACCCAGCCUCAUGACCUCUAACCUCAUGGUGACGGGAGGGGCUGCUCUGGCCGGGGCGGGGCGAUGGCCCCCCGACCCGCAGACCCUCACCUCUCACCCGUGGAUGCCCCGACCCGGAGCCCCCCCAGUCUGGCUCUCCAGCUCCCCGUACAGCCUUGGUCCAUCCUCUCUCCACCAGGCUCUCCCCCAAGGUUACCCCCCCUCUUUGCAGGGUUCAAUGCCUCCUCCAUACCAGUUAGCCCGGGACCCUCAAUCUGGACAGUUAAUUGUCAUCCCCACUGAACACCUGCAACACUACGGAGGUGAUGUUAUGGAUCGUGGAGGCCCGGUGUGGCCGGGUGUUUACGGUACGAGCAGCUCCCUGCAACAUGCUGCCCAGCUCCAGCUGCUCUCUCAGCAGCAGAUGCUCCGGCAACAGGAGCUGCUGAUGAUCCAGCAGCACACAGCGCAGGUCCUGGAGCUGCAGAGGAACGCACAGCUAGUUGAGCGAUUUAAGGCUAGCGAGCACCGGCCGGAGAUGGAAGACAAAGCAGACAAACGUCACUCCGACCCCAAACCCCGGCGUUCCUCGAUAUCUUCCCCGUCUCCCUCACCCAUCCUGCAUCCCCGCAAACUUCCUCCUCACUCUCGCUCGCCCACCCCGUCCACCUCCUCUCUCACUCCGCUGCCUCCGCUCCCCUCGCCAGUGACUGCCCUGAAGUCAGAGGAAGGCGGGCAUAGAGUUUUGUCCCAUCCGCCAACGCCCCUUCCUCACCCGCCUUCCCCGCGAUCAGCCUCUCCUCCCCCGUCCUCCCCACGGCGGCCUAAACUGGAGGAGGGGGAGGUGGGACGGAGGGUUCAGAGAGAGGGACAGAAGCCGGCCUCUGCUUCCUUUCAAGGCGUCUACUCUGAUCUCCCUCCAGGUUACCCUUACCAGUCCAUCACCGCCCCAUUUGGCUCACCUUUCCCCCCUUAUCACAUCCCAGCACCCUCAGGGGCAAACACAGAAGUCGUCCCACCUCACCGCUCCCGAUCUCCUUCCUCUGCUGCCCUUUUGCCCUCAGCCCACCUCCAUCCAAGGCUGCAGGACACAGACAUUAAGCCCCCAAAACAGACCGGAUCUUUCCUGAAGCAGGAACCAGGCGUGGAGCAACCUCCGCUCGACACGAGGCCCAAUCCUCUGGGUGCUCUUCAUCGAAGCUGCAGCCCUGUUCCCUCCAGAGAGGAAGCCCGGGAAACACAGAAGCUUCAGACGCUAACUCCUCGUGUCCCUAGCCCUCCAUUGCUACAAAGGGAAAGACUGCAAGGAAUAAGAGAGGAAGACAAGGAAGGAGGGCAAAUAAAAAUGGAGGUGUCGUCUUAUUCUUGUCAGGCCACAUAUGGCCUGCCUCCUGAGUCUGAGCCCAAACCAGAUGUCAUGAAGGAUCCAGAACAUUAUCCAUCAUGCGUCGCUGCAGAUUCAGACAACGAGGAGUUACAACAUAUCACCAGCGCAGUGUGUGAACAAGAACAGCCACACACUCCCAUCAACUCACACACUCCCAGUCAGAAAGAAAGUGUCACAGAAACUCCCGUUUAUCAUCUGUCCGCUUCCAACUCGCCGCUCCCGCUGAUCGUCGGCCCUGAGGAUCCCAUGGCGGGGAUGUUCGCCCUGCUGGCAGCCAGUGAAAUAGUCCAGGCUCGACCAACAACUCCACCCGCUCCAACACUCUUACCGCAGAUAGAAAUCCACUCGUUGGGUAUGGAUUGCAGCGGUGCCGGUGCUCUGGAGAUGGUGGCGCUGGAAGGGAUGGCCCUGCUCAGCCAAAUGGCUCAGAGGGAGAUGGAGCAAAUCAGCAUGGAGCAAGAUCUGACAUUAGAGGGUCUGGACGGUCUUCUUGAAGCAAGCCGGCAGAUUCUGUUGGAGGCGAUCGAGAAGCAGUCGCACAUCGACCUGCCCAGAACGCUGGACCCCAACAAGAAGUACAGCUGGAGGCAGAGGAAGGAGCCGCUGUACAGUAAAAUGUCUGUGGACGUGUUGGAUGCCGUGGAGGUGGAAUAUCGCGUUCACCUGGCCGAGCUGCAGAAGACUUACAAGGAGAAGCAGAGAGAUCUGACCAAGCUGCAGAGACGCAGAGACAAACGUGAGCGGCAGCAGAACGAGGACGAGAGGCAGAGUCUGACCCGACGGGGCAGAGGGCGACCCCGUAAGAGGAAACAUUUAACGACACCGACCAAACUGGACAGCAGGCCUGGAAAGGUGGGUAGGACAGUGCAAUACUCCGAGGACUCUGAAGCCGGGGAGGGACAGAGGAAAAGGUUCAGGGUCUCCAGAGAAGAAGAAGAGGAGGCGGAGGCGGCGAUUGGAGGAGUGAAGAUAAAAAAGAAGAAGAAGAAAAAGAAGAAGAAGAGCUGGAACGACCAGGAGCCAUCCACCAGUCACGCUCUGGAGGUGUUGAAGUCGAAGCGUGGCCACGUGUGUGAGCAGGAGCAGCUGGCCUCAGAUCUGGACAGAGCUCUGUCGCUCUCACAGCUCGGAUCACUCGCAGCUUCUCAUAAACUCAGCUCCAAAUCAGACAAGUCGAAGGUCAAGUCUGGGGAAAGUCGGAUGAAGGAGCGCAGCAUCCACCCGUCCGCUAAGGCUGGGAAACACAAGAUGGCCACCAAGGUUUCCUCUUUGGACAGCGCCCUGAAAGUGAAAGGUCAGAAGAAGACGACGACGACUUUGUUCUCUCACGUGAGAUCAGAGCUCAGCAGCUGCUCCAACAACUCAGACUCAGAGGAUCUCACUUCUUCUGCUCGAGGGGGCUGGCCCUCUCUCUCAGGGAUGCCCUCCCACGAAAACCCGACCAGGAAGAGGUCCACGUCACCGCCGCCGUCCGGCCUGAAAUCCCAGAAGAAGAAACACAAGCACUUAUCUCUGCUGCUGGAGGAGGCCGGCCUCAGCUCCUCCGACGACUCCUUUGACCAAGAAUCCUCGGAGGACGAAGAGGACUACGAGGAUGUGUCGGACUCGGAGGAUUUGAGCGGGCUGGGUCUGCUGGCCCGGUUCGCAGCGAGCGCGACCCCCGUCCCUCCCACGCCUCUGAGCCUCCUGCACGACGGCAAACACCGCAGCAGGCAAAGCACUCUGGGGUCUUCAGAGUGUGAGUGGUCGGACUCGGGCUCUGAUCUUCGUCUGAGGAAGUUUCCGUCUCUUCUUCACGGGAAACGCUCCGCCCCCGAGCUCCCCCUGUUGCCCCCGGUAACGCGCCGCAUCGACCAGAGUAGCCCCUCGAAGCGAGACGACCCUCUUCUGCCAAUCAAGCGAAAGCCUCUGCCUAAGCCCCGCCCCACGCUCCAGUCGCCACGGCAAUUCAGCUUCGACCACCCCUCGGGCUCCUCGGGGUUCGGGGGCUUCAGCGAAGACGAGGGUUGGACGAGGCGCCGCAGCGAGAGGAUCUUCCUCCACGACGCCACCACGACAACCAAUCAGAUGCCAUCGUUGGUGUCAGCUUCCACCAAUCAGAGCUGCUCCUCCUCUUCCCCCAGCUCGGCUCCGCCUCUCACACCGAAGCCCCCCGCCCCCCCCAGACCCAAACCCUCCCCGCCCAGCAGAGAGGGGAAAGACCUCAUCAAAAAGAAGAAGCUGAAGGAGUCUCCGGUGAGUCUGGCUCCACCCUGCAGCCUCUCAGACCCUCCUCCUCCUCCUCCUCUUCCUCCUCCUACUCCUCCUCCUCCUCCUCCUCCUCCUCUGAGCCUCAGUCCGCAACGCAAGAGCCAACCCAAAGCCAGACCCAAACCCAGAGAGCCUUCCAGGGGGGCGGUGAGCCGGCUGAUGGAGAGCAUGGCGGCGGACGAGGACUUCGAGCCGAACCAGGACAGCAGCUUCAGCGAAGACGAAUUGGUCACACCGCGAAGCAACAGCGUGUCGGAGAGGGUCUCCACACCGGCUCCGGUGCAGUGUGUGUUGGAUAAGGACUCGCUGGUGGACGGACUCAAAGUUUUGAUCCCGAUGGACGACCAGCUCCUGUACGCGGGACACGUGAACACUGUACACUCCCCCGACAUAUACAGCGUGGUGGUGGAGGGGGAGCGAGGGAACCGACCACACAUCUACUGCCUCGAACAACUGCUGCAGGAGGCUAUCAUCGAUGUGAAGCCUCCGUCUGUCCGUUACCUUCCUGAGGGAACACGCAUCGCCGCCUACUGGAGCCAGCAGUACCGCUGCCUGUACCCCGGCUCCGUGGUCAACGGAAGUUCAGAUAUCGACGAGAAGGAUGAUCUCAUCACGGUGGAGUUUGACGACGGAGACACAGGACGCAUCCCGCUCUCACACAUCAGACUGCUGCCGCCUGACUACAAGAUCCACUGUGCCGAGCCGUCCCCUGCCCUGCUGGUGUCCAGCUGCUCCCGGAGGAGAGUCCGUAAAUGCAGCAAAGAGAGCAAAGAAGCGGGAACAAAACCUGAAGAUAGCGCUCCGAAGAUCAAAGGGAAACCUGGUCGCAAACCCAAACCCAAACCAGAGACCUCCGUGAACCCAGACGUCCGGGAGAAAGCUGAUCCUCCGUCUUCCUCCAGCGCGCCCGCAGAGAGACCCCCGCCUCCACCCAAGCCUCCCCAGGACAGACCCUCCUCUGUGCAGAAGAACUCUCCGGAGAAACCUCGUCCCGCAUCACGCCCCACGAUAGGACUCCAUCAGAAACCGGGCCGCAAAAUCUCCACUACGUCCCCACUAAGUAGCCCUAUUCUUCCACAACCGAUUUCCAGGAAAGCCCCCCCACCUUCUGCGGUUAAACAAUCCCGCUCUCUGCCUCCGUCCCUCUACCCCUCCACCUACGGAAAGGUCCUGAAGGUGGAUCUGUACAGUGAACCCAACCUCAGCUCGUACACAAACCAGCGCAGAGAUCGAGAAAACGGGGUCAGUCCCACCUCAAACCGACCCUUAAUUAGACCCAAUAUUACAUCACCCAAGUCUUCAUCCAGGCCCUCUUCAGUUUCCUCGCCCAAAACCAAACCCUCCUCGGAGCAUCACAGAUCGAGCCACAGCUCCGGACUCAUACCCGCCUCCGGACUCAUAUCCGGCUCUGGACUCAUACCCGGCUCCAUCUCCAGAAUGUCAUCAAGCAAACCUCUGACUUCCAGACCUUCUUUAUCGUCAUCCUCCGCCCCCAGACCCAAACUGAAGAUGGCGUCCGACCAUCUUUCCUCCAGACCCGGCGCCGUCUCGCGGCCCAUAUCCAGCUCCGGACAAGGGGACUCUCUGAUGAGGCGCAAGUCUUUACCGGCAGAGCCUCUCGUGAAGCUGGACCACGAAGGCGUCACCUCUCCAAAAACCAAGAAGACUAAAGCUCUGAUGCUGCUGGAGGGUCGGAACGUCAGAGCAGAUCACACGCCGAUCGCCUCGACCAAUCAGAAGCUGAUGAAGGUGAAACCGAGAGUUGAUAGAGAGUGUGUUCUUCCAGAGAAAGACGCUCACUGGAAAGCGCCGAUUCUAACAAAGGAGAAGUCGGAGAACCGUGGAAGAGGACAGGAGACGAGGGAAGACAAAGGUAAAAAGGAGGUAGAGAGGAAGGCGAAGAAGGAGGAAUCUCACAGCAGCAGCAGCUCAGAGUCGGAGGAGGAACGUGACAAGGUGAAGAAGAAGAAAAAGAAGAAGAAGAAAUGCACCUCCAGUUGCUCGUCCUCUUCUUCGUCUUGUUCCGGUUCCUCCUCAUCUUCUUCAUCAGGGUCCUCGUCCUCGUCCUCUUCGUCCACCGAUGACUCCUCCUGCAGCUCGGAUGAAGAGAGGACCUCCACCCCUCCUUCAGUGCCAAUCAUACCUCCUCCAGUACAGGAGAAAGCGAAAGAAGAACCGGAAGAGGAGGAAGUGAAGAAGGAGGAAGUGAAGAAGGAGGUGGUGAAGAAGGAGGUGGUGAAAGAGGAGGAAGAAGAAGAGAUGUCGCCUCCUUCAGAAUCUCCCUCUCCUUCGUCCUCUCCGACGCCUCCUGCUCCCGUCAAACCUGUGAAACCAGCGACCGGGAAAGGCUCCGGGCAGAGGGGUCGUCCUCCCAAACCGAAGCCCAGCGGAGGGGAGGGGAAGGUGGGCAGGCCGAAGAGGAGGGAGGGGGUCCACAUGCCCACCACCAAGGAGCUGGCCAAACGUCAGCGGCUCCCCAGCGUGGAGAACAGACCCAAAAUAUCUGCGUUCCUUCCAGCCCGACAACUCUGGAAGUGGUUCGGAAAACCCACUCAGAGACGGGGUAUGAAAGGCAAGGCGAAGAAGCUCUUCUAUAAGGCCAUCGUGCGCGGCCAGGAGAUGAUCCGCAUCGGAGACUGCGCCGUCUUCCUGUCUGCCGGACGACCCAACUUACCGUUCAUCGGACGCAUCCAGAGCAUGUGGGAGUCGUGGGGCAGCAACAUGGUGGUCCGGGUCAACUGGUUCUACCACCCUGAGGAGACAAACCCCGGCAAGAAACUCAUCGACAAGAAGAACUGGGAUCAGAUGUGCGGUCUGUCGUUACCUUCAGCUCUGCACUCCUCCAUCAAGAGGAAAGACUUCAUGGAGCGCGCCCUCUACCAGUCGUCCCACAGCGACGAGAACGACGUGCAGACGGUGAGCCACAAGUGCCUGGUGGUGAGCGUGGAGGAGUACGAGCAGAUGACCCUCACCCGGAAGUACGCCGACAGCGAGGACCUCUACUACCUGGCCGGCACCUACGAACCCACCACCGGCAUGAUCUUCAACACCGACGGAGUCCCAGUCAUCUGCUAAACACACACAAACUCCCAAAAUCAUGAGUCCAACACUGAAUCAUGAUGGAUCUUUUAAUGACAACACGACAGACUGUUAAACACACCUUCUACUACAGAAAAGGAGACACUAUAGACAGUAUUACAAGGACAUCAGUCUCUUUUGCACACACACUCUCUAUUUACAUUUACUGGUGCUGUGUUGGUGGGAAAUCUUGAACACACACACCAGCCUCUUUACUGUAAAUAUACUCCCCGUAAACACACGUGUAAAUAAUCCACACACACACACGUUAUAUAGAGGACAAAUACGUGUUUUAUUUUCAUGUAACAGAUUUAUGUCAGAGUACUUUUUUCUAAACAGUGGAGAAGCUUUAAUGAACUGUGAAUGAUGAAGAGAGACGGUUGUUAUGAUGUUGCCGUGGUGGUGUUACAGUCACGUUACAGUCAUGUUAAUGUACAGAACAGCAGGAGCGACAGACAGAGAAACAGACGCACAGGAAGAGACAGAGGUACCCUUUGCUGUCCUACAGAGAGCUCUUAAACAGAUUUUUAAAAUAAUAAAACACUUAUUUUAACCGAUUCAACUCCCCGUGACAAUCCUAACUAAACGCAGGCAGACUGUUUGUCCCUCAGGAUUAAAAAGAGAGGAAGGAAUAUGUUUAAAAGCACUUCCCAUUUUCAUCCUUGAGUUAUUUGUCUUAAAGGGAUAAAUCCACCCGAGAUCACAAUCAAACCAGCUGCUGUUCAAAUGUCCUGGAUUUUAUUGAGUGCUCAUUUUUGCUUUUAAAACAAUACUUUGACAAAAAGAGCUACAAGAUUCAGGCUGCGGUCGAAAAGUAAAAAGAAAUAUCAGGACAAAAAUGGUUUCCCUACCACCUUCAAGAUUUCAAUUUUAACAACGCUGUAAAACCAGAGCAGUGACAUUUUCGCACCAACGCAGAACAAAUCAGGGUUUCUGGAACUGAUCUGGCAGAGACAGUUUCUAACAGCUCUUAUCAAGACUGCCACGUAGGUACUUCUGGGUAAUUUCCCCCCCCCAAAAAAGACCGCAGUUUCCAAAGCUGGAAUUCUGAAGAAACGUAGGAAAAAUGGGCAACGAUGCAAAGUAAACACUUGAUCAUAAAGUGACCGAACAAGCUGAGUGUCGGGUGGAUUUAUCCUUUUCUUUAAACUUUUUUUU